AUGGUGGUUACCGACGAUGCGCCCAUUGCAAAAACGGAAGAGACCCCCGAAGACGACGACUGGCCACUAUUCAACGCUAAAGAUCAUGCGGAACAAGUAAGUCAAGCCAAAUUAUCAUUCAAACCGAGGUAUGUGCAGUUUGAUCCCACCAAAUACUUGGAAGGCUUUUAUAAAACAGCAAAAGAGGACUUGGCCAUGCAAGUUGUCCUCUUUUUUCUUCCUGGGAUCCUGUAUCGACUGCCCAAUCAAGUCGAAGAUGUUCUGGAUUUGGGUGCGGGUCCAACUGUUUACAUUCCAAUUAUAAUGCGUCAUCGGGCGAAGAACAUCUACAGUAGCGAUUAUGCAGAGGUAAACACCUUAUUUUUUGACUCAUCUCCUAGUUAGAUCUUGCAAUUCAAAGAAGUGAAAUUUAAGAUAAACCGGGAGACCGUGUCUGCAUGGCUGAAGAAUCAGUCAACGUUUGAUUGGAGCAAUGUUUGUGAAUGGAUUCAAACAAUCGAGGCCUCAAGAGAAACCACAGAGAUGAUGCAAAAUAAAGCCCGAGAAAUUAUGAAAGGAGUCCUGGCCGUGAAUGUUCACAAUUCCUCUCCGGUAACGGGUGUUCAUUAUUUGAAAGAUCCAAAUCAAGAGGUCCCGAAGCAAUUCGACGCUGUCUGCACCGUUUUCUGUUUGGAAUAUGCAUCAGAGACUUUGGAGGAGUACGAAAAAGCCGUUUUGAAUGCGUCGAGUCUUGUAAAAACGGGCGGCUAUCUUGUGCAAGGCGGUGUGUUAGAAGCCAGCGAGUAUGCAUUCGGUGGUCGACGGUUUAAAUGCCACUUCUUGACCAAGGAGCAGCUGCUUGGAGCUUUGCAGGUAAUCAUUCUGCAUAUUCAAUUUAAAUUUUUGUUUUGAACUAACAGUAAAAUUGGAGUGUAUUUUUAGAAGAGCGGCUUUGAAACUGAUGAAAAGAAAGGCUUCAAACUGAUCGUUUCUGAAGAGAUUUUUGUCCUGGUUGCAAAAAAGUCAUAG